UAAUUCAUUUCGAGAAAGCCUCAGGUUUUCUCAUUUCUAUUAAUUAGCUCUGGGUUUUACGGUUAGAUGUAUUUUCAUCACUACAGUUGACUGGAUUUUUUUCUUUCUUCGUGAGUGAUCAAAAUGGAUUUAUAUGGGAAGAUGGCUGCCACUCAGGAUGUGAAGGGGAAGGAGGGUGCGGACCAGAACUUUGACUACAUGUUCAAACUGCUGAUCAUUGGCAACAGCAGUGUGGGCAAGACCAGCUUCCUGUUCCGCUACGCGGAUGACGCCUUCACCUCCGCCUUUGUCAGCACCGUGGGCAUCGACUUCAAGGUCAAGACCGUCUACAAGAACGACAAGAGAAUCAAGCUGCAGAUAUGGGACACAGCCGGCCAGGAGCGUUACAGGACUAUCACUACGGCCUACUACCGUGGGGCAAUGGGCUUCAUCCUCAUGUACGACAUCACUAACGAGGAGUCCUUCGGGGCUGUGCAGGACUGGUCGACCCAGAUCAAGACCUAUUCGUGGGACAACGCCCAAGUGGUCCUGGCAGGAAACAAGUGUGACAUGGAGGAGGAGAGGGUGGUGUCAGUGGACAGUGGCAGACUGCUUGCUGAACAGCUGGGAUUUGAGUUCUUCGAGACGAGUGCCAAGGACAACAUCAAUGUGAAGCAGACCUUCGAGCGCCUCGUCGACAUCAUCUGCGACCGGAUGUCCGAGAGCCUGGAUACGGAUCCUGCCGUUACCACGGGAACGCCUGGUGCCAAACUGACAGACAGCGCCCCGCCCCUCCAGCAGCCAGCCUGCAACUGUUAGUGGGCCGUUAGUGUUCA